AUGGCAGAGGAAACAAGAAGGUAUGCUGUAGUUACUGGAGCAAACAAAGGGAUUGGGUUGGAGAUAUGCAGGCAAUUAGCAAGCAAUGGGAUCAUUGUUGUUUUGACCUCUAGAGAUGAGCAAAGGGGACUUGAAGCUGUUGAGACACUGAAGAAAGAGCUUGGAGUUUCUGACCAAAGCCUUAUCUUUCAUCAGCUUGAUGUCUCUGAUCCUGCUAGCAUCACAUCUCUUGCUGAGUUUGUGAAAAACCAAUUUGGGAAACUCGAUAUCUUGGUCAAUAAUGCAGGGGUUGGUGGUAUAAUCACUGAUGUUGAUGCUCUAAGAUCUGGGACAGGGAAAGAAGGUUUCAAGUGGGAGGAAAUCAUCACGGAGACUUAUGAACUGGCCGAGGAAUGCAUCAAGAUUAACUAUUACGGACCAAAGAGGAUGUGCGAGGCAUUCAUUCCCCUUUUGCAGUUAUCUGAUUCUCCAAGAAUCGUCAAUGUAUCAUCCUCCAUGGGUAAACUAAAGAAUCUUUUAAACGAAUGGGCGAAAGGAAUCUUGAGCGACGCAGAGAAUCUAACGGAGGAGAGAAUCGACGAAGUGAACAAGGAGCUUCUCGAUGAUUUCAAGGAAGGUACAGUUAAGACGAAGAACUGGACUAAGGCUAUGUCUGCAUACGUGGUUUCGAAGGCCGGGUUGAACGGUUACACGAGGAUCCUGGCGAAGAAACAUCCCGAGUUUCGCGUUAACUCGGUUUGUCCUGGAUUUGUUAAGACGGAUAUGAAUUUCAAGACUGGAGUCUUGUCUGUGGAAGAAGGAGCAUCAAGUCCUGUGAGGCUGGCUUUGCUUCCGCAUCAAGAAACUCCUUCUGGUUGUUUCUUUGAUCGCACGCAAGUUUCAGAGUUCUGA